AUGGCCGACUCUCUGAUUGACGAAAUCCUUGAGCGAAAUAGAGAUUUUGCCGUGACCCACAGGCCGUACCAAUUCUUCUCUGAAAAUUUAGGUCAGAAACGACCUUCAAUACUGAUAAUAACUUGUCUUGACCCAAGAUGCAACCCUGAAGAGUUCUUGCGUCUUUUACCAGGAGAUGCUGCCGUGUUCCGAGUCGGGGGUGGUAGAGUGGCUCCCAUAAUCACCCAAGUUACCUCCUUAGACUGCUUUCUCGGUAGCCUCAAAGAGAUCAUGGUGAUCCACCAUACAGAUUGCGGAGCUACUUAUAUGGAUAAGAAACAGAUUCAUGACCACGUCUUGAAGGAAGAUGGGGUUUCUGUCGAGGAUGUAAAUCAGUUGGUGUUUCCGGUCAUUACAGAUCUGGAACAAAGCGUUCGUGACGAUGUCAGUUUACUGAAGGCAUCGAGAAUUAUUCGCCGUGAGUUGAGGGAGCAUGCGAGCGGCUAUCUUUACGAUGUUAAAUCUGGACUUGUCCGACGUGUCUAA